AUGAACAUUAGCGAAGGGCGUGUCCUGAAGCGCCGAGAUCUCUAUGACUUUGACUUCAGCCCUCUAGAAGGGCGUCGUGUCCCGAGAGGCGACGCUGUGACGAAUGUCCUGAAUACAAAGGUCGAUGGUCCUACGGUCCUGAUCGGGCCUCUCGGCUCCUGUCAACGGAAGAACAAUGCUGGCGCCAUGAAAUGCACACAUGAGUCGUGGGACGCCCAAUAUGACUAUUCCUUUCUUCCUGAUAAUGCUCCCAAAUCGGCUUUGCCCACCACAGUCCCAAAUACCUCGCCCCAGUUUUUCUUCACGUCCCUCCUCUUUUCGCUGCUUUUCUUCAUUUUUUCUGCGCUCACUUUGCUCUCCGAGAUCCUUCCAAAUGCCCCUGGUUCUCUGUCCAAACUCAAUGCGAAUCAGAUGGCUUCAAAAGCCGUAGCAUCCCUGGGCACUCUCGGGUUCAUCAUUGGCCUCAUGUCAACACUCGUUUGGCGGAUAUCUCUCGGACGUGACGUGGAGGAGUUCAAUGCACGUAUCGCUGAGGCGAACGGCAAUCCUCAGUUGGUCGCUGGCUUGUCAAAUGGCUUUACGAUGAUGUGGGUGGCAUUCGCUUUCCAAGGGCCCAUGCUCGUCUGUGCACUAUUCAAGCUCCAUGUCCAGGCUAUUGCAGCGAAAGCUUGA